AUGACUAAUCAACAUCGUAAUUAUGUUACAAAUCUUUUCAAUGUAAAUUUAAUUGAUUAUAAUUCAACCAAUAUUUUGGAUGAUGAAUUUAAAAAUUCUAUGGAAAUUCUUAUUGCCGAAUGUAUUGGUACAAUAACAAAGAAUUAUUAUUUGGAAUAUCAACGAUUGACUGCUUUUGCUUUUUAUCCACCUUUGAAUCAAAAACAAAUUUGUGAACUUGCGAUUGAGAAUGUUACUUCAAAUGAUGUACAAAAUCGAAUAAAUGAAAAAGUUUAUAAACAAUUAGAAUCAAUGUUUCAAAAUAAAAUAGUUAAAUGGAACUCAAUAGAUCAAACAAUAGCAAAAAGAUUUGUUAAAAAUUCUGUUCAACAAACUGUUAAAACAAUGCGUGAAAAAUUAUUACAAUGUAUUGAUCAUGAAAAUUUUAUAUGGAAUAUUAUUAUUCAACGUUUUAUAUUGAGUAAUAAUCGAUUAAAAAUCAUCUGA